AUGUCAGUUAAUGGUAUCCUUAUCCACUAUCUUAGCCUGGUUUGUGAUCGAGGUUUAUUCAUUAACCAACCCGACGAGAUAAUGAUUUACUUUCUUUCUAGAAAAGACCUCCUGAACUUUGAUUAAAUUGCUUCCUGCGCUGCCGAGCGGCUUAAACACGCACCGAGUCUACGCGCUCGCGCUAACUUUAAGCUCUAGCUUGCUUCAUGCGAACAUAACAGAUCAUAUUAUUCUUCACACACUGUUGCUUUUCAGCUGUAGAAAAUGUCCAAGCUGCUCCCGUGCCCGUUCCUUUCGGUUCGUCCGCUUCGCUGUAUGGUGGAUGAGAAGUUCGAGGUGCGCGUGCAGGGUUUAGUGCCCGGUGCUCGGGUCACGCUGCACGCGCUGCUCCAGUCGGAGGACGGAGAUUUCUGGGAAGGUUUCGGUCACUAUGUCAGCGAUAAGGCAGGAAACGUCUCAGUCUCUGAAGAUGCCAGUCUGGGUGGCUCAUAUGAUGGAGUUGAAGCCAUGGGUCUGCUGUGGAGCAUGAAACCUAUUCCUGGAAGCAGGACAGGCCUCAGAUUCCGGAAGAAGGACGUGAAAACACCACUUGAUGUCCACAUUUCUGUGUAUGAAAACCACCUAAAUAAGGGGUUCCAGGAGAAACCUCCCAUGGCGUCAGUUGUGGUACAGCGGUGGUACAUAUCUCCAGGAAUCCAGAGGGUCGAGGUUACAGAACAUGAUCUGAAGGCGGUUCUUUUCAUUCCACCAGGUCCUGGACCUUUUCCUGCUGUUCUUGACUUCUGGGGUGGAGGUGGAGGUUUAGUGGAUUAUCGCGCCGCUCUUCUAGCAUCCAAAGGCUAUGUUGCCUUAGUAUUAGAGUAUGUUGAAUUAUUAGAACGCAAUAAAAGGCCAAAUCAAGUGGACAAUAAAUACUUUGAGGCAGCCUACAGUGUGCUGGAGCAGCACCCACAGGUUUGUCCUGAAAGAAUUGCUAUAUUGGGUUUGUCUUUUGGUGUAUCUGUAACCCUGGGUUUGGCAGCAUACUCCUCAGUGAUAAAGCCCAGAUGUGUAGUGUGUGUUAGUGGAAGCCACAUCAUGCCUGUCAAUGGAACACUGGCUGAUGUCUUUGAUGAGAUCACAAAUAAUUUUGGAAAAACCCGCUAUGAUGAAGAAAAAAGAAUUAUUUGGCGAGAUCUCCUGCUGCCAGUACCAGAUGACCCUUCAAAGAAAGUUGAAAUGGGUCGUAUUCUGUGUCCAAUUUUGUUGAUUGUUGGGGAGGAUGAUGAGACUUGGCCCACAUCAGAGUCUGCAGAAGAUAUGAAACAGAUGAUGGAACAAGCUGGCAACAGUCACCUGUUGACAACUCUCUCUUACCCUGGAGCCGGCCACCUUAUUGAGCCUCCUUACAGUCCACACUGCCGAGCCAGUAAUUACAUGAUGAUUGGGACAAGGAAAAAAUUGGUUGUGCUGUGGGGUGGACAAACAGUGCCUCACAGUCACGCUCAGGAGGACUCCUGGCACAAAACCCUGGCCUUUCUGGAGCAGCACCUCUAUAGCAACUUGAGUCAUUAAACAUCAAUCUCACAAUAAGAAUAAUAAAUUUUUUUUUUCAAACAUUUUAUAUGCAGUAACAACUAUUGCACCUUUAGCUUUGAGUACACAGGUAAAAAAAAUACUCAUUAACUUCUUUAGCAGUAAAUGUAAUUAGAGUUGUAAUCACUUUGCUAUACACGAUCAAAAAUUAAAUAUGAAAAAUUUAACUGGUUACAAGAGAAGAUUGAUUUAUUGAUGUUUAAAAUUUGCAAAAUUUAAAAUAAAGUUUUAUGUAAAUUGGA